AUGCUAGCAUCAACGGCAACUUGCAGAAUGCGGGACCCAUCUUCGAACGCCAAUAUUGAUAAGGCUGUAGUAAAAAAAAUUUUUUUGCGCUGGGAUGUCGAUUUCGAUAAACGAAGAAUUUUUGGAACUGCUUCUCUUGAUGUGGACAUUAUAGAUCCAACAAAUAUUUUGGUCUUUGACAGUCGUGGCUUAGAAAUUAAGAGCGUCAGCUCAAACGGCAAACCAGUGAAAUUUGACGUGGAGGAUACUGGGAUCUUGGGCGAGAAGAUAACAGUUUUUGUUGGCAGUCGUGUGGUCGGCGAGACAGUUUCUGUAGUAUUUGAGUACGCAACUGGUGAAGGGAAAAACUGCACCGCUCUUUUGUUUUUAACAGCUGAUCAAACUGAAGAUAAGAAAGGACCGUACCUUUAUAGUCAAUGUCAGUCCAUUCAUGCUCGUUCUUUACUUCCGUGCAUGGAUACUCCAUCAGUUAAGCAAACUUAUGAGGCUGAGGUAGCGUUACAAAUCGUCCGUGUGCCCAAAGGACUGGUCUGUCUAAUGAGCGCAAUCGCGAAUGGUGCUCCAGUAGAAGAAGAAAAUCACGUCACUUUUAGAUUUAAUCAGCCAGUGCCUAUACCUUCUUACCUAAUAGCUAUUGUAGCUGGCGUACUUGAAAAAAGGGAUAUAAGCGAACGGUGCGCUGUUUGGUCUGAGCCAUCCGUUGUUGAUAAAGCGCAUUUUGAGUUCUCUGAAACUGAGGAGUUUUUAAAGGCCGCUGAAAGCUUAGUCGGCAAGUAUGUUUGGGGCAGAUGUGAUCUGGUCGUAUUGCCGUCGUCAUUUCCGUUUGGUGGCAUGGAAAAUCCCUGUUUGAUUUUUGUGACUCCGACUUUACUAGCUGGUGACAAGUCUCUUGCCAAUGUCAUUACGCAUGAAAUUGCGCACAGCUGGACUGGAAAUCUUGUAACAAACGCUAACUGGGAACAUUUCUGGUUGAAUGAAGGAUUUACUGUGUUUUUGGAACGAAAGAUUCUUGGACGUUUGAAAGGUGAAGAAACGAGGCAGUUUGACGCUCAGACUGGUUGGGAGGAUGAGUUGUUACGCUGCGUAAAAGAACGGUUCAGUGAUCAACAUCCGUUUACUAAAUUAAUUCCUUCUCUUCAAGGAAUAGAUCCUGAUGACGUAUUUUCAACAAUCCCGUACGAAAAAGGCUCAGCUUUCCUGAUGUACAUUGAGCAACAGCUAGGCGAUGUCACAAGGUUCGAGAAAUUUUUGAGGUCUUACGUAGAGAAGUACGCCUAUAAAUCCAUCCUCACUUCUCAUUGGAAAUCAUUUUUAUACCACAGUUUUGAAGACAAGAAAGAAAUCCUUGAUUCUGUGGACUGGGAUGGUUGGUUAUAUUCUCCUGGAGUUCCUCCAGUUAAGCCAAGCUACGACGGUCGUCUUUUGACAGCAGCACGUGAUUUAGCAAAUCAAUGGAUGAAAGCAGAGAGUUCUGAUCUGGAGAAAUUUGAAGCUUCUUCCUUCAAAAGCCUCUCGCCGCAUCAACAAAUAAAAAUGCUAGACUACAUUCGUGGGGCAGAUGCUCUGGAACACGAAAAGCUUAAAAAAUUGGAAACAUUAUAUGGUCUCUCGAAAACUGGAAAUAGCGAAAUACUGUACAGAUGGAUAGAAAUAGGAAUAAAAGCCCAGUGGAAAGAAAUCCUGCCCUUGGCUUUUAAAUUUGUUUCUUCUCAGGGCAGAUUGAAAUUUGUUCGUCCGCUUUACAGCAAGCUAUUUCUUUGGACCGAAAGCGCUGGUAAGGCGAUACACCUUUUCCAAGAGAAUGCUCGUUAUAUGCAUCCUAUCACUGCUUCUGUGAUUGCCAAAUUAAUACCGAAAUAG